ACAUUCUCUCUCGCUCACUGUUCAGCGCUAAAGGAAAGGGAAGAAAAAGGCUAAAAAAUCUGUAAAUUGUUUGAAGGUUUCGUCCGCAUCCCAAAUAUUCUUCGACUCUCCAAACCAAUCUCCUCUGACGCACAGGGAGCAGCCGAUUAUUCCAUAAUUGAUUGCUGUUGGUAAGGAUUUUUCUGGUGUUUUUGGUGUUGGAUCGACGCGAAGAUGUCGUUGAGGCCGAGUUCGAGGACUGAAGUCCGCCGGAGCCGCUACAAGGUUGCGGUGGAUGCAGAAGAAGGGAGGAGGCGGAGGGAGGAUAAUAUGGUGGAGAUCCGGAAGAAUAAGAGGGAGGAGAAUUUGCUGAAGAAGCGCCGGGAAGGGCUUCAGGCGCAGCAGUUUCAGCCUACAGUCAACAUUUCGCAGGUCGAUAAGAAGUUAGAGAGUCUUCCAGCUAUGGUUGCUGGUGUUUGGUCGAACGAUGCUCAGCUACAGCUUGAGGCCACAACUCAAUUUCGCAAACUUCUUUCGAUAGAACGUAAUCCUCCAAUCGAGGAAGUGAUUCAGUCUGGAGUUGUUCCCCGUUUCGUAGAGUUUCUUGCCAGAGAUGAUUACCCACAGCUACAGUUUGAGGCUGCUUGGGCUCUGACAAACAUAGCUUCUGGGACAUCAGACAACACUAAAGUUGUGAUUGAUAAUGGUGCUGUCCCAAUUUUUGUGAGACUUCUUAGUUCUCCCAGUGAUGAUGUUCGUGAGCAGGCGGUGUGGGCCCUCGGAAACAUUGCUGGUGACUCACCAAAAUGUCGAGAUCUUGUCCUAGGUUAUGGGGCUUUAAUGCCAUUAUUGGCACAAUUCAAUGAUCAAGCUAAGCUGUCUAUGCUACGGAAUGCGACGUGGACGCUUUCAAACUUCUGUCGGGGAAAACCACAACCACAAUUUGAGCAGGUCAGACCAGCCUUGCCAGCUCUCGCUCAUCUUAUUCAUACCAAUGAUGAGGAGGUGCUUACAGAUGCAUGUUGGGCACUUUCAUAUCUAUCUGAUGGUGUUAAUGAUAAAAUCCAAGCUGUAAUUGAGGCUGGUGUAUGCCCCCGCCUUGUUGAGCUUUUACUACAUACCUCUCCUUCUGUUUUGAUUCCUGCACUGCGCACUGUCGGUAAUAUUGUGACUGGUGAUGAUAUCCAGACUCAGGUUAUCAUUGAUAACAGGGCUCUUCCUUGCCUGCUUAACUUGUUGACACAAAAUUAUAAGAAAAGCAUCAAGAAGGAAGCUUGUUGGACUAUCUCAAACAUCACUGCAGGAAACAGGGAUCAAAUCCAGGCUGUUAUUGAUGCUGGUAUCAUUGCCCCCCUUGUCUCACUGCUUCAAAAUGCUGAGUUUGAGAUAAAGAAAGAGGCCGCCUGGGCGAUUUCUAAUGCUACUUCUGGUGGCACCCAUGAACAAAUCAAGAUUUUGGUUCGUGAGAGAUGCAUAAAGCCACUAUGUGAUCUUUUAGUCUGCCCCGACCCGAGAAUAAUCACAGUCUGCUUAGAAGGUCUGGAGAAUAUUCUGAAAGUUGGAGAGGCUGAGAAGAACCAGGGCAACACUGGAGAUGUGAAUCUCUUUGCUCAGAUGAUUGAUGACGCAGAAGGUCUUGAGAAGAUUGAAAACCUUCAGAGUCACGACAACAAUGAAAUAUACGAGAAGGCUGUGAAGAUACUUGAAACAUAUUGGUUGGAAGAAGACGACGAGCAAAUUGUCUCUGGUGAUGCUGCACAAUCUGGCUUCAAUUUUGGAGGCGGCGAUCCUUCUGUACCAACCGGGGGAUUCAAAUUCAGUUAAGGAAUUAUUGUGGAAGAUGAAGGCAAAUACGAAUCCGGCUGGCUGAAUUGUUGUUUGUUUUCUGGAUUAUGGAGUCGGGUGGGCAGUGUCUGUAAGAUUAUUUCCCAUAAAGGUGCAAAAUUUGGUAAGGAUGGAUGAAUAUAAGAAGUUGAAUGCAUGUUUGGUCAUAUGUAGUGCUUAUAUAUAAUAUAUAUGUCGGCCUGUGUCGCAUCAUCAGCUAGUCAAUGCGAGUUUUUUUGAUGCAAACCCUCCCUGUUAUGUACUAGUCUUCUUUGUCGUUAUUUGGGGUCGAAAUUGUAAGUUAUUUAUUCCAUCUCAUUGGAAAAGAUAACUUAAAUCUUAUGUAUGUCGUCGUUGUCGGUCGGAGUAAAUAAAAAUGAAAACAGAGUCAUGGUCUUAUGUAAUUUUGUGGGUGCAGUUCUACUCAACUCUAGUUUAUAUACACAUGAGGAGUUUUUGGCAAAUGCAUGGGAUUUAUUGUUUGUU